UUGGUUUUGACGUCAGGGCCGGCACUUCAUCCCCUCCAGGCAUACUCAAAGACCCUCCACAUAUCUGUCAUUCCUGCUUGGGACAGCAGCUAAGACAGCAAGCAGUAAGAUGUCUGGAGGAAUCUUCUGCCCUUUGGAGAACCUAUAUGACCCAGACAGUGCCAACUGCCACCCCUUGGUAUGCCACUUGUGCCAUGAGCAGUACGAACACCCCUGUCUACUGGACUGUUACCACACAUUCUGCGCCAGUUGUCUGCGUGGCAGGGCAGUGGAAGGCAGACUCUCCUGCCCCCUCUGUGGACAACAGUCCAUUGUCAAAGGCCUAAGUGCCUUACCCCAGGAGGACCGCCUGCUCAAGUUCCUGGUGGAUAACUCUACUGACUGUGAGGAGACUGUUCAGUGUUCCAACUGUGAUCUGGAGUGCAAGAAGCAGGAUGUGGAAGCAAUGUAUUAUUGCAACACUUGUAGCCAGCCGUUGUGUGGAGCUUGCAGGGAAUCAACCCACAAGGCCAAAAUGUUUGCCCGCCAUGAUAUUGUCUCCCUUGCCAAACGCACAAAGGAGGUCCACAAAAAGUGUGCCCUCCAUGACGAGCUAUACAUAAUGUUCUCCACAGAGAAGAAGUCCAUGCUGUGUAUCAACUGUUUCAGAGACAUGCAAGUGGAGAGCAGAGCACACUGCAUUGAUAUUGAGACAGCAUAUAUGCAAGGCUGUGAAAGGCUGGACCAAGCUGUCAUAGCGGUAAAAGAGCUACAAACGUCUGCCAGGGAAGCCAUCAUCCUGCUGAAGGCGAUGAUCAGGGAGGUUCGAGAGAACGUGGAUGAGGAGGAGAGCGCUAUCAGCACACUGUUCAACAACAUGCAGGAAAAACUGGCAGAAAGAAAAAAGAUUCUUCUGAAAGCAGCUCAAAGUCAGCAUGAGGAGAAAGAGAGAGCCUUCAAAGAACAGCUGUCUCAUCUGGCUGCACUCUUACCCACUCUCCAGGUUCAUCUGGUCACUUGCUCAGCCUUUCUAAGUUCAGCCAACAAGUUUGAGUUUCUUGACAUGGGAUAUCAACUGAUGGAGAGACUGAAGAAGAUUGUCAAACUUCCACACAGACUGAGACCAGCUCAGAGUAGCAAGAUCAACACAGAGUAUCGGUCCGAGUUUGCUCGUUGCCUUGAGUCUCUGUUACUGCUGGGCCAAAGACGCUCUGUGUCUAUUGCUGGGAGUGUGACUGGAUUGAGUUUGGGCAAUGCCAGCGGACUCCUGCAAUCGUCCCUYUCCAUGCCCUGCCACUCCCCAGCCAUCAGUGACAUGUCCCUGGGCUCGUCCGUGGUGCGGAAGCCCACCCCCCACCGCUAUAUCAGCACCAAGGUCCUCCUGGCUGAGGGCGGAGAGACCCCCUUCACCGAGCACUGUCGCAACUAUGAGACCAGCUACAGGACGCUGCAGAUGUCCAUUCAGCAGCUGAAGGACCAGGUGCAGGAGACCCACAGGGAUCUGACCAAGCACCACUCCCUCAUCAAGACAGACACCAUGGGAGACAUCCUGGAUACCUCCGUGCAGAUGGACAGACAGAUCUCCUCUGAGUACUCUGCAGUGGAACUCAUGAGGGCCAUGUUUGAGGAGGUCUGGGAGACAACCUUUCAGAGGGUUGCAAAUGAACAGGAAAUCUAUGAAGCCCAGCUUCAUGAUCUGACCCAGCUAAGGCAAGAGAACAAUUAUCUGACCACCAUCGCCAGGCAAAUUGGCCCGUAUAUCCGAUCCAUCGCCAAGGUGAAGGAACGCCUUGAACCCAGACUGAAAGAGCCUAAGGAGCUGAAAGACGACCGUACAGAGGCCAUGCUGAAGAUCUAUGAGGACACCACUACGGCCACAGAUACUAAACAAACCAUUUCAACAACACUGACAAAUGACCUGACCUGUCAGCCUACCACAGAUGACAGCCACACUCUCAGCAACAUCUCUGAUGAGGCUGCCCUCAAGAAUAAUUUCUACUGGCCAGGGAAGCAGAAGACCACAGAGAUAGCCAUUUGGAAGGAGAUGUAUCCCUAAACAACAGGAUAGGGGCAUGGGACUUCACCAACAAAGUGCUCACCCUUGACUUACUGUAUGUCAAUUAUAUUGAAUAUAAAAUCCAAUAUUUUCA